AAGGCCGAGAGAAAGAUAGAAAGUUGGGAGUCUAGAGAACAUCAUAACACCAAUAUAGAUACCCUUUUGGAGGAAAGUGAAGAAAAUGAACAUAUCAACAUCAAAAUUCAGUAGUGGGUGUGAAUCUGGUUGGACUCUUUACCUAGACCAAUCAUACAUCUCAGAAAGUGAAUUCCAGAGAGAUAACAGUGAUAAUAACAAUAAUAAUUAUAAUUAUAAUGGUAUUGCUGAAUGUGGAGGAAAAGGAGUGAGAGAAGAGGAAGAGGAAGAUUUGUCCAUGGUGUCUGAUGCUUCUUCUGGGCCUCCACAUUACCAUGAAGAUUGCUACUGCGAAAAUGGAUCUUCUUUUUCUGCUUCUAACUGGGCUUACAACAACAACGACAAUAAGUCAUCAAAGGACAGAGAGAAGAAGAAGAUGAUGAUGAAAGAGAAGUGUACAAAUGAAUACCAUUCAUGUAUAGAUGACACUGCUAGCUCUCCUGUCUCCAAGAAAAAGUCCACUUUACCAAGAAAUGGAGCUUUUAUGGAGAACAACAGAUUGGACUAUUCUCAAGGAUUCUCUGCAACACAUUUUGAGGGAGAAUCUGCAUUUGGUAAUCAUUUUGGUAUGUUUCAGUCUUCUCUAGCUAAAGGUUCAGCUCCACAAAAGCCAGAUGACUUCCAGGGAGGAAAUUGGAAUUGACAGUAUAAUGGUAAAAAAGUGUCUUUAAGUUUCUGCUGCUGCAAAUAGAAGAAGAACAUGGGAAGGAAUGUAAAAGCUGUAAACUAGGCAUGAAAUCAAAAAGGGCUCAUGUUCCUUUUUUCUUUCUUUCUUUUUUUUUUUUUUUUAAAUCUUCUUUUACAAUUUCAAUCCUUCUUAUUUGUUCUUGUGAAUGCAGUGGGAAACAACCUAUGAACAUAAAAUAUAAAUAAAUUUCCCGUCUUUGGUUCCAUAAUUUUCCAAGAAUAUUCACUGAAUCUCGUUCAAC